CAUCGUCUCCUUCCUCCCCCCAAGCUCUUUAUACAAUGACCCUGCUCGAGUAAAUAAGCGUGUUACACACUCGUAUGUGUCACAACUUUGACCGUGCUGCUUGUCUCUAGCCGCUUGUCGUCGUGCGGCUCAGCAACUGUUUCAAUCUCCCGGUGCCUGCCCUUCACGCCCCAACAGGAGCCAGGGAGGGUGGAGGUGGUGCCGUGCACAGCUGACGUCCAUCACGACCAGCCUCGGAUGGGCUAGAGGUCAACUCGGUUCACGGUAGAGAGCGGCCACACGGGAGCAGCCCCGGGAUCAAGGUCUUGACCAGGCCAGACUCGUCUCGUGGCCAUCGCCCGGCUCACUCAGCGAACGGGACCGGCGUCAGCACCACAAGCGGCGGCGUCACGUGGAGACUCAAGUCCCGGGAUGAUCUCGUGAUCAGCACCGGAAUCGGAUCUUGACACUGACGCGGCCGAGCGGGAUCAGCUCGGGGCCGAGCGGGCGAGCAGCCGGGCACAGGGAGAAGAGGCGGAGAGGGGAGCGGAGGAGGAGGGGUGAAGUCGCGGCCCGGUCAUGCCGCUGCUGCCGCUACCGCCGCCGCUGCCACUGCUGCUGCCGCUGCUGCUGCUGCUUCUCUGCGGGGUCGGGCGCUGCUCCAGCGCACGCUUCGCCGUCUACUGGAACAGCAGCAACCACAGGUUACUUACGGGGGAUUACACGCUCACCGUGCACAUCGACGACUACAUGGACGUCUACUGCCCGCAUUCUACAGCCCCCGAACUGGAGGGCCCUGAAUUGGGGGGCUCUUUGGCGGGGGGCUCCACGCCACCGCCGCCCCCCCCGGCGGAGCGGCCCGUGCUGCACAUGGUGGACGCCGCGGGGUUUGCGCGCUGCGAGCACUCGAGGGGGUCCGUGCGGUGGCGCUGUGGGAGGCCUCUCCAGCGGGGCCCCCACCACCGGGACCACGGGGCGCCCCUGAGGUUCGCCGAGAAGUUCCAGCGGUUCACGCCGUUCUCGCUGGGCUUUGAGUUCGCGCCCGGGCAGGACUACUACUACAUCUCCACUCCACUGCUCAAGGGUGACUCCCGCUGCUAUCGCCUCAAAGUCCACGUUUGCUGCGGUCCAGGCGACACUACGGCUAAUCCCACACGCUCGCAUCGCACGGCGAGCGAAGGUCCCGCACAAGCAGACGAACCGAGGGUGGCCGCCGCCGUUGGCACGGGGGCCGCCGGGGCCACGGCGCCCCGGGGAGGGGGGCCGGCGAUGGGCCUCGCCGCCGCCGCCGCCGCACUGCUCGCGUCACGGCUCCUAUAGCGACCGCGACCACGGGCGACGGCGCUCCCUCGAGGUCUGCUGUGAAGCUGGGGGAGGAGGGGGAGGAGGGAGUGCAUGGGAGGAGGAGACGGAGGAGCACGGGGGAAUUAGCAGAGGAGCCCCUGAACGGAAAGAUUGGAAGGGCGCACGCGACACCACCCGCCUCGCUCCAUCCCAGGGAUGGACUCGGCCUCGACCUGGGAAUGCUGCGAGUGGACGAUGACUAUGCAACGCGCGAUGGUUGCACAAUGACGGUGGUUGAAUGCUGCAGGAAGAUGAUGAUGACGGUGGUGGUGGUGAUUGCUGCAAGCAGAAGAGGAGACUCUGAAGAACGAGCAUCGUCACCGUCAUAAUCACCACCACCACCGCUGAUGAGUGACACAGACGGUGAUGAGGACUCGUUAUGAGUGAUGACUAUUUUAAUGGUGCAGGAAGAGAUGGUGGUGAUGAUGAACGGUGCAGUAAAUGGUGGUGAUGACGAUCAUGAUGCUUUCUGCACACCACGUGCUAAUGACGGCAAAGUGGGAAUCCUGGUUGGGUGGGGGUUGACUCAUCCUGACCUCCGGGGUAGAUAAAACGACUUUGUGGGGGAGAUCAACAGCAGUUGUCCUAUGGAUAGACCUACCCCCGUCAGAGGAAUGUGGAAUUUGCAGGGCUGUAAAUGGGAGAUGAGCACCGAUGCUCAUGUGAGCAGCAGCAGCAGCAGGAGCAGCAGCAGCAGGAGCAGCAGCAGCAGGAGCAGGAGCAGCAGCAGCAGGAGCAGCAGGAGCUCCCUCGUUGGCUCUGGUGAUCGCUGUUGUUGAAGACUGUGGUGAUGGUGGUUGGACUCGUGAUGGUGGAUGAAUCAUACUGGUCACGAAUGCUGUUCAAUGGUGCUGCUUGAUGUUGAAUGCAGUCGAUGGAUGAUGGUGAUGGUGAUGUUGAUGUUCUCGUAUCUGCACGGGUCCUCUCGGACUCGCAUGUAAAUGUGUACAUUAAACUCGCUUCUAUAAACGCGCACUCGUCCAC